CGAACCUCCGCGUUCAUUCAUAUCGGGGUUGUGUGAGAGCAACGCCGCUGACUGCUACCACGGGUUUUCAUGAUUUUUAACGUCCCCGCUCAGGAAAACACGCCGCUGUUAAGAAUAACACCUGCAGAGUGAAGCGAGUCGCCGUCAUGUCUGAGGAGAACAACACUCAGGAUGGGAAUGGCAAGGUUAGUCGGGUCAUCAGGAUUGGAACCCGCAAAAGCCAGUUGGCUCGUAUCCAGACUGACAGUGUGGCAGACACGCUGAAAGAGCUAUACCCCGACAUCCACUUGGAAAUAGUUGGCAUGACAACAACUGGAGACAAAAUCCUUGACACUGCUUUAUCAAAGAUUGGAGAGAAGAGUUUGUUCACCAAAGAGCUGGAAAAUGCUCUGGAGAGGAAUGAGGUUGAUCUGGUGGUUCACUCACUCAAAGACCUUCCCACCUCUCUGCCUCCAGGGUUCACCAUCGGAGCUGUGUUAAAGAGAGAAAAUCCCCACGAUGCAGUGGUUCUGCAUCCAAAACAUGCAGGGAAAUCUCUGGACACUCUGCCAGAGAGCAGUGCGAUCGGCACCAGCUCACUGCGGCGCGCUGCUCAGCUAAAGAAGAGAUUCCCUCACCUUGUCUUCAAAGACAUCCGUGGAAACUUGAACACACGUCUGAAGAAGCUGGAUGAGAAGGAGGACUUUGCUGCCAUCAUCCUGGCUGCUGCUGGCCUCAGGAGAAUGGGCUGGGAGAACCGGAUCAGCCAGAUCCUGGAGCCUGAAGAUUGCAUGUAUGCUGUUGGACAGGGGGCCCUGGCUGUGGAGGUUCGGGCCAAAGAUGUAGACAUCCUGGAGAUGGUGUCUGUGCUCCAUGACUCUGACACCGUGCUGCGCUGCAUAGCUGAGAGAGCCUUCCUCAGACGCCUGGAGGGAGGGUGCAGCGUUCCUGUCGCUGUCCACACUGAUAUCAAAGACUCACAGCUCUACCUGACGGGGGCGGUUUUCAGCCUGGACGGAUCAGACAGUCUGAAGGAAACCAUGCAGACCAGCGUUGCUGCUGCUGCUGCUGCUGCUGACGACAAGAGCUCGGAGGAGGUUGAUGAGUGCGUGCAGCGAGUGGGAGUGACGGCCACUAAGCUCUCGGGUGAAGCCCAGGACCGAGCGGAGCGGCUGGGGGUCGACUUGGCCAACUUACUGCUGAGCAAAGGAGCCAAGGAGAUCCUGACUGUGGCCCGGCAGCUCAACGACGCCAGAUAAUCCCGCUCUGCUGAGGGGGCGGGGCCACAGAGGUGACCAUCGUCCAGUCAGUCACAGCUCUGUGUCAAGUACACACAUUUUUUUCUUUCUUUUUUUGACGUGCACCAGGUGAGCUCGACCAACAGCAGUGUGUGAUGUUGUUGUGACAGGGUUGUGCUCAGACUGAGUCACUGUAAGGUGAAGCACUCACUCUUGGUUCCAGUGUGAUUUUACACAGGAAUCAUCUCCUGAGCCACAUACAAACAGUAAAAAUAUAAUAAAAGCACUUAACGCACCAUCACUGGCUGAUAUCCUCAGUGCUAAACCCUUUAACCCUUUAAGUGUAUCAAUAACUUUAAAGGUGUCAGGUCUCUGUUUUAUCGUCAGCUGUCAGAUUAAAGGUCUCACUGUCGCUCUUUUGAUUUUCAACUGUUGGACUGAUCACCUGAGUUUACUACAGUUUAAAAUCUCCUAUCAGUAUUUAAGUGAAUAAAUUUAAAUAAAUGAGCCGACACACACAGAGUCACUGAUCAGGAUGAUGACAGUUUAAAGUCAAUUGAAGUAGGCAGAGGUUAGUGUGUGGUUACUAUGGAAACUGGAAGCAAACAUUUGCCUGAACUCUUACUCUGAGGCUCCGACUAUAUCUACUCAGAGGCUGGUGUGUAAUUUGUCUCUGGUGAGUCACUUAGUCGAUAGUUAGUGUGUUAAGACUGUUACAAGUCUUAACACACUAGGUGGAUAAUAGAAUAUUAUCCACCAGUGAUGUUUCAUCUAUGUCGUUUUGGCUUUUUCAAACUUCUCUCUUAGCUUUUAGCUGCUUUUAUCAUUUGUUAUAAAAUAAAAUCAAAAUAAAAAAGGCUAAAUUGUGAUGUAACCAAAGAUGAGUUUGGCCUGUUUUCUGGUUUAAUACCAGCAAUUAUUCUCAUUAAUGUGUGUGCGUUGUGAAAUGUAAAUAUAAUUCAUUCAUUCAGACUUCAUGUCAACAUGUUGUUGAGGCUGUUUGACCACAGGAGUUUCGUCACAGUGUCCUCUUACAACAAACCUGCUCUU